AUGGCAAACACGCGCAAGGUGUUGACCAUUGAGUGUCAUCGUGUUCUGGCUGUUUGUGGCAACAAUCUGGAAUUUUUAGGAGACUCGCUGCUGGGUGCUGCAGCGGCGGGAUACGUGUAUCAGAUGCUGCCACGACACCAAGAAGGCCAGCUAUCACGUGCUAAGUCGGCGCUGGUGAAUAACGACACACUUUCGAAGAUCAGUGCGGAUUUGAGCAUUACAGAUCUACUGCUUUGGCCGCCGGGAUUCAGUGAGGCUAGUGGUGCACCGCUUGUUGUCAAAGAACGAACUACCAUUGCUGCAGGCGCCGUGGAAUCACUAAUUGCAGCGAUUUAUCUCGAUCAGGCACUAGAAGAUGCGGUUGGUUGA